UUCUUUCUAGAACGGCAACUUAAGCUCUAUUCAUCUUCAAGGUUGGUGGUGAACAUGGAAGCACCACCAGAGGAAGUCUUGGGGUCCAACGACCAGACCCAUAUUGUCAAGGGCAAGCGUACCAAGCGGCAAAGGCUACCUUCCCCUCUUGCCUUCACAAUCAAUAACUCUACAAGCUCAUCAAGUGCAGGAGGAGGAUCAGGAAUUGGAGGUGGAGGACUAGGAGAAGACGACUAUAAUUACUACCCUUCCCCAACCACAAGCUCAACAGAAUUAUUCACUUCUGAUGAGAGUACAGAGGAAGAAGAGGAUAUGGCGAAUUGCCUAAUUCUGCUUGCCCAGGGUCAUGGCCGUGAAAAUCUGAAACAAAUUGAACAGGGUGGCGCCAGUGGCGGCGGCGGUGGUGGUGGUGGUGUCAUGGAGAGAUCUAGUAGCCGAAGGUUUACUGAGGCAACCACAACCAUGGCUGGUAAGGCAGGGUUUUAUGUAUAUGAAUGCAAGACUUGCAAUCGUUGCUUCCCUUCAUUUCAAGCACUUGGUGGGCACAGAGCAAGUCACAAGAAACCCAAGGCCAUGGUUGAAGAGAAAGAGAAUAAUAAGAAAGCUUCGGCAUCACUCUUGGCUUUGUCUCCUGAUGAAGAUGAAGCCCAAUUCAAAACCAAUAGCCCUCAUUCCUUCUCUCUCCAUCAAAUGCCCAACCAUAGCAGUAGCAGCAGCAGGGCUAUGUACAGUAAUAACAAAUCAAAGGUCCAUGAGUGUUCUAUAUGUGGCUCCGAAUUCUCAUCUGGUCAAGCAUUGGGGGGUCACAUGAGACGGCAUAGAAGCGCUGCCGCACCAACUACCACUAACAAUUCAGGUACCUUUGAAUUACGGGACAACAACAAUGAAGAAACCCACAAGCCAAGAAAUGUGUUUCAAUUAGAUCUCAACCUUCCGGCGCCAUCUGAUGAAGACCACCACCACCACCACCGUGAAUCCAAAUUCGCUUUCUCUUCCAAACAACAACAACAACAACAACCACCACCACCACCUCCUCUCAUCUUCUCUGCCUCUGCUUUGGUAGAUUGCCAUUACUAGGCGGGUCCCAAAGAAACGCUGGAAGUGAAAAUUAAGAGAUCUCUCCUGGUUCAUCACUGUGAAUUACAAU